AUGCGCUCCAGGCUCUCACGGACCGCCUGCCUACUGCGACUCGCUGCGCUCUGCAUCCUUCUCUCGCACACUGCAGCUUAUUUUGGGCUGACAGGGCGGGAGCCCUUCGUGUUUUUACCAGGUCCGUUUUCAAAUGAAGCUCCGACAGGAAAGGCCCACCUGAAGCAGUGCGAGCAGAUGUCUCUGACCCGGCGGCAGAAGAGGCUGUGUCGCAGGGAGCCCGGUCUGUCCGAGACGCUGCGGGACUCGGUGCGCCUCAGCCUCCUGGAGUGUCGGUAUCAGUUCAGGAACGAGCGCUGGAACUGCAGUCUGGACGGCCGGGGGAGCCUUCUGAAAAGAGCAUUCAAGGAGACUGCCUUCCUGCUGGCAGUGUCCUCUGCGGCGUUGACCCAUGCACUCGCCAAAGCGUGCAGCUCAGGCCGAAUGGAGAGGUGCACGUGCGACGACUCCCCCGGCAUCCAGCACCGAGAAGCGUGGCAGUGGGGGGUCUGCGGUGACAACCUGAAAUACAGCACCAAGUUCCUCAAGAAGUUCCUCGGCCAAAAGAAGGUCAGCAAGGACCUGAGGGCUCAAGUCGACGCCCACAACAUCAACGUCGGAAUUCGGGCGGUGAAGAGCGGCCUGAAAACAACCUGCAAAUGUCACGGUGUCUCCGGCUCUUGCGCCGUACGGACUUGCUGGAAGCAGCUGUCUCCUUUCCACGACACCGGGCGGCUGCUGAAGUACAGGUACGACACCGCAGUGCGGGUGCUGAGCGUCACCAACGCGGCCACCGGGGAGACGGAGCUCGCCGGGCCCCGUCGCCACGGCCAGAGCCUCCGCACCACCGACCUGGUCCACCUGGAAGACUCCCCCAGCUUCUGCAGGCCCUCGCGCUACUCCCCGGGCACGAGCGGCCGGUCGUGCGCCAAAGACACCAGCUGUCAGAGUCUGUGCUGCGGACGUGGUUACAACACGGCCAUGCGCCUCACCAGCCUGUCCUGCCACUGCCAGGUACGCUGGUGCUGCCACGUGGAGUGCCAGACGUGUGUGAGAGAGGAGGAGGUGUACACCUGCAAAAACGCAUAGCAGAUGACGAGAUGUAGGCCGUAUGCAAAGACUUUAUCCAUUGGACAUAUUGGCUGAACUACAAACAACAAACACACUGAAUGAUCUCCCAUCAGAGCACAUCUUUGCAGAUCUCCAUUCUCACCUGCAUGUUAUUUGGGGAGGAACACACUACAUGUAACAUUAUAAUAUUGCCGGUUAUUUGCUAAUCAUCACCCGAUUUGAUACGCAGCAGCUCACUGUAGGUGAGGAUGUUUUCAACGCACUCUGCUUUACUCUCGCUGGAUGCACUGAAAUCCCACUCCUGUGGGACGGAGGGAAAUGAGCUCUUAAAACAGGUACUGGACUGGACUGGACGUCAAACCCCCGUCUGCAGGGGAGCUCUGGCAGUGACUUUGUUGUAUUGGCCCCCUUCCACUUGACUAUUUAUUGUAUCAGUCAUUGUGUCUGUUGUACUGCUGCUUUAUACUUUAACCUUCUUGUUAUUGCCACUGAGGCUAAAAUGGCCUUAAAAGGAAUCCACCUGUCUGUCUCUCUGUCUGCUGUGGAGACAUUUUAGGAGUUCAUCUCUAAAUUAAAAAAGCACUUACUGUAAGUUGCUCUUGCUACAUAUGAUGCAAAGUUUAUAACUAAUCGUAGACAUUAGAAGAAGAAAAAAUGUUUCGGUCUAAAUACGUGUCUGAACAGAAUCACUGGAAGCUUUGAGCGGUGCCACUGUUAUGCAUCGUAACAUACAUUAACAGGGUUGUCGUGUAAAGACACAAGCUGAGUUUCAGUUGCUCUUAUGGAAAUCUCUAUGGAAAUCUCUACAUGUAGCCUAAUGUGUGCUCAAAAGAACAAAGGGAAAUGCCUGCGGUAAUAGUGAGGGGGGAACACCAAACACUGUGUUUGAGAAAACAAAAGAAUGAUAAACGCUUAAUUUCUGAACACACACCAACGCUGCUCUUGUGUUUCUUCUGUGUAUCGAAGCACGCACUGCGCUGUACUUUCAAGUUUAAAAUUGCCUGACUGAAGCAUUUGGUCUUUUAAGUCUAAUUUAGCCACAUCUUUGUUCUAAAUGCCUUUGAAGUGGGCUAAUCGUGCUCCUUACUUUCCCCAAAUUGCUAAUCAAAGAAAUUCCCCAUGUUUACUCACUUAUCCUCACAUGUGUCCAUGUGCGCGGGUCAAAAGUGCACGACUCACCCAAAGGCUUUAUUUUAUUGGCCAGUUUGUGUUUUUGUUUGAGUGAUUCUGAACUGUAUAUAUGAUAUGAAUAUAACUCAUGUCGGGGCUCCAGGCGUAUGACAACAUGGAAUCGUAAUUUUCUACCUCACUUCAUCUUUUGGCAAAUAUCAGUAAGAUUUAUGAGCUAUGCAGAGUUAUGUCCUGUCCUUUGUUUUAAAGAUCGUAUUUUAGAUUUUUGUACAGCUCUUUUGAAUUUGGUUGUGCAUAU